AUGAGGCUUCUAUGCCGUGCACACACAGGCACUGCUCCUCACCAACCUUCCUUUCACUCAUCACCAUUCGCGUAUUCUGGAUAUGUAUAUUAUAUAAAUUAGUAAUGUAGAGCUCGAGGGAGAAGAAUAAAACAGUGAUUUUGUAGAAUGUGAGAAGAGAGAGUGGAGGAUGAGGUGGUUGUGGUGGAGACAGUGCCAGAUACUGACACUGGUGGUGGCAUAGCUCAGUGUACUAGCUGUUAGAACCAACAGACAAGCUGGUUCAGGGAAACUCCUCUGUCGAAAAUAGUUGAGAGGCUGAGUAGAAACAUGACUUACCCCUGCAAAACACAACUAGGAUGGGCUUGUUGGUGCUGGUGACAGGUGGAGCCGGGUUCGUAGGGUCGCACACACUGGUUGAACUGCUAGAGGCUGGUCACAGAGUGGUGGUUGUGGACAACUGUUGCAACAGUGCCAGAGGGCAAGAGGCUGGACAGCUACCUCCUGCCCUGGCAAGGGUGUGCACCAUCACCGGCAAGACCAUCACUGCCUUCCAUAUGGUAUCUCUCCUCGACCGUGAUGCCCUUGCUCAAGUCUUUGCACAGCAUAAGAUUGAUGUGGUGAUACACUUCGCUGCACUGAAGGCUGUGGGAGAGUCUGUAGAGAAGCCGCUGGCCUAUUACUCCAACAACGUCACUGGUACUCUCACCCUUCUAGAGGUAAUGAAUGAGGCUGGUGUAAAGAGGUUAGUGUACUCCUCUUCAGCCACAGUAUAUGGGGUGCCCCAGUACCUACCCACAGAUGAGCAGCAUCCCACAGGUGUGGGUAUCACCAACCCCUAUGGUCACACCAAGCAUAUCUGUGAACAGAUCCUCAGGGACUUGGCUGCCACAGAUAAGGAGUGGCGAGUGGUGCUCCUUCGCUACUUUAACCCAGUUGGUGCCCAUGAGUCUGGCAUGAUCGGGGAGGACCCGAAAGGGACGCCCAACAACCUUCUGCCUUAUAUUGCUCAGGUCGCCGUUGGGAAACUCGAUGAACUACUUGUCUAUGGAGGCGACUACAACACACCUGAUGGUACAGGUGUGCGGGACUACAUCCAUGUGAUGGACCUUGCUAGUGGACAUGUAGCUGCCCUGGACAAGCUGAACAGUGAAGACUUCCAGGGUGCUGUUGCCUACAACUUGGGCACUGGAGCUGGUGUCUCGGUGUUAGAGAUGAUUACGGCAUUCACCAGAGCAAGCCAGAAGAAGAUCCCGUACCGUGUGGUGGGACGUCGUGAAGGUGAUGUGGCCACUAUGGUGGGCAGCUGUGUUUUGGCUCAGCAGCAGCUGGGCUGGAGAGCAUCACGUGACCUACACCAGAUGUGUGUGGAUGCCUGGUGCUGGCAGAGUCAAAACCCUGAUGGAUAUGCAUAGCAACACACUAGUGUGUCAGCAGGUAUUUGGCAUCAGGUGUGUGGCAGCAGGGGUGUAGCAGCUGUAUCAUGGAUGUUCAACAGUAAUAAGACUUACAUUAGAGGCUGUCCAAUAAUGACUAUGAUGUAAUCAAUCAAGGGGCAUACCUUGAUGGUAAUGAAAGUCUAUUGAUCCUAGGAACUGGAGACAUAUUCUCCUUCUCUGAUCAAACUUGAUUACCUAUAUUUCUAUGGGUUUAUCACUUUUCUGUGAUUACAACAAUCUAUAAGAACAGUGUUGCAACACUGGCAAGUGUUUUGUGCUGUAUUAUUAUGGUGACAAUGUUAAACUCAUGAACAUCAUACCACUGGGGAAUGGGAGGUAAUCAAAUUUGAUACAGGGAAGAGGAUGAUAGCUCUAAUUCCUUGGAUCAAGAGCUCUUCCCUAGAAUGAAGGCACCUUUCUUGAAGAGAGGUGAUGGAGAGUCAAGACCAGUGCCUGAAGUGUCAUGUUAUUAACUUGUUAAUACAACUAUCAGAGUUUAUCAAUGAA